GUUUAAACGUAAGGGUGGAUUCCGAACACACGAGUAGUAGUACAGUGUAGAAGAGGUGUGGCAGGUAUAAAUACAUUCGUAAAGUUGAAAUCAUUUUUGUAUUUGUUGGUUCUCACGUAACUUUAUAAUUUUCCCCCUAUUUUUCUUUACCAUUUUCUUAUCAAUGUCAAAGUCACUUUCAGGUUCGGUGUCUGCAUUUAGGAAAAUUGAUGUUGAUCAGUAUAAUGAGGAUUACUACAAGGAUGACGAAGGAACUGAGGUCUCUUCUGUUACUGGGCCUGACGAAGCAGAAGUGACAAAUUUACUGAACCAAGGAAAAAACAUUGAUGCCCUAAAAGUUGUAUUCAGGUCUGCUCCUCUUGGCUCAAAAAAUCAAACUGUGAAGAACUCAGCUCUGAGCCUAGUGAUGAAGGUACUUAUGUCAUUUAAACCUAGUGACAUUGACAAGGCUGUCGGUGCCCUUGACAGCGAGAUGCUGGACACACUAAUGAAGUAUGUGUAUCGAGGCUUUGAGAUACCAUCUGAAGGUAGUAGUGCUGUUUUGUUGCAGUGGCAUGAAAAGGUCUUUGCUUCUGGUGGACUUGGAAGUAUCAUGCGUGUACUUACAGAUCGUAGAGAAGUGUAAUCCCAGUUUUGUGACAGUGCAAGCUGUCUCAUGGUGCUACUACAUCAGCUGUAACAUUCCCUUUAUAAAUCUAGUUUAUACAUAUGAUCACAAAACUACUUUCAGAAAUGAAAAUAUAUCUAUCCUACCUUUAUUUCUGAAAAACAGAAAUAUUUAAUAUUGUUUGUUAAAUUUACAUUUUCAUUCCUGUCACACUUGUUUGAUGUUAAAAAUUGUUCAAAGUACUAGUAAUCAUGCUUUGGUUGAGUUUUUGUACAAUUUAUAGAUAAUUAAACUGUUUUUGAAUGAUGUUGAUAUUUCUGUGGUAUGAUAUGUAUAACUAGAAGGUUAUUGCUAGUGUUGUCAACAUACUAAUUUGCAACUCUUCACCAAAAGUGUUAUUUAACUCAAACUGCCUCAUCUACUUGCUUAAAUGUGGUAAUAAAACAGUUUUAAAAUAUUA